AUGGGACUGGAGAUGCUGCAACUUCAAAAUCGGGUCUUGGAGAAGGUGAAUAUCAAUAGAUUGGAGGAGACCAAUGCCCGACUGGGAGUGGGGUUGGCUGCCAUGUUCAUGUACAUGUUGAUCGGGGCAAUAAUUUUCUGUAGAAUUGAAGCGCCCAUCGAAAGGUUCGAAAAAGAAACUUAUCGGGAAUUCAGACAACAAUGGGAGAAGAUUUUGAACGAACGGGGCAUCAGUUGUAAGUGUUCCACGGACCUUUAUUCAUGUUUAUUGUGCAUCUGACAUUUGGAAAUAACUCUCUCUUCAGCCAGUGACGUGGACCGUUUGUUUGCCAAUAUCAGAGACGCGGCCUUAAAUGGGGUCUGGGAAGAGAAAAACGAAACUUCCGAGCUGAACUGGACCUUUGGCUCGGCCUUCUUUUUCUCGGGGACCUUGCUCACCACCGUUGGAUAUGGUCAUGUUUCCCCUCGCACCACCCAUGGCAAGUUGUUUACGGUCAUUUACUGUAUGGUGGGGAUCCCCUUAACCUUGUCCUUGUUAUCUGCACUGGCAGUGAGGUUAAGAUGGCCAAGUCAAUGGCUUCGGACAAAGAUGAAUAUGAAAUUGGGAGGAGUGUUCCAUGGAAAACAUCUUCAGGUAUGUUUUUGAUAUUAGAUUUACAAAGUCAUCAUGGUUCUAAAGAAGUCUCUGAUUAACGACGCCGCAUUCCACUAUUUAUCGUCCCAUUUCAGCUCAUCCAUCUCGGAUUCAUAACAACGCUCGUUUUAAUUGUUGCCUUUAUUAUCCCUUCGUGGAUAUUUAUGUCGAUAGAAGAUGACUGGACGUUCAUUGAUUCCUUUUACUACUGUUUUGUGUCCCUUACAACCAUCGGCUUGGGUGAUUAUAUCCCCGGAGACAAGCCGGAUCAGCCAUUGAGAUCUUUUUACAAGAUUGCCAUUACCAGUAAGUCACUAUAAUUCAAAUUUAAUUUAUUUUUUAUCAUCAUGUUUUAGUCUAUUUGGUCCUCGGAUUGUGCUGUAUGAUGCUGUUCCUGGCCACCUUAUACGACGUUCCUCAAUUUAAUAUCGUUAAAUAUUUUGUGACCAAGUCCGAAGCCGAGGAUGAGAACGAAAUAAAACCCAUCCACAUGAACUCUGGGAACACGAAAUACGAAAGAUACGACGAUGUGGAGACACCCAAUCACAUCGUGAAUCCAUUUGCGAUCAACGGUUAUUAUCAGUAA